AUGGAGAAAUAUGAGCUAGUGAAAGAUAUAGGAUCUGGUAAUUUCGGAGUGGCAAGGCUGAUGAGGCACAAACAAACCAAAGGACUGGUUGCCAUGAAAUACAUCGAGCGUGGCCGCAAGAUUGAUGAAAAUGUGGCAAGAGAGAUUAUCAAUCACAAGUCGCUUCGCCAUCCCAACAUAAUCCGGUUCAAGGAGGUGGUUUUGACACCCACUCAUCUUGCUAUUGUGAUGGAGUAUGCUGCUGGAGGAGAGCUGUUCGAUCGAAUUUGCAAUGCUGGAAGAUUCAGUGAGGACGAGGCGAGGUAUUUUUUCCAACAGCUUAUUUCAGGAGUUAGUUACUGUCACUCUAUGCAAAUAUGCCAUAGAGAUCUGAAGCUGGAAAAUACCUUGUUGGAUGGAAGCCCAGCACCGCGGUUGAAAAUCUGUGAUUUUGGUUAUUCUAAGUCAUCUUUGCUGCAUUCGAGACCCAAAUCUACAGUUGGCACUCCUGCUUAUAUUGCUCCGGAGGUGCUUUCGCGGAGAGAAUAUGAUGGCAAGUUGGCGGACGUGUGGUCUUGUGGAGUGACUCUGUAUGUUAUGCUAGUGGGAGCAUAUCCGUUUGAAGACCAAGAGGACCCAAAGAAUUUCAGGAAAACAAUCAAUAGGAUUAUGGGAGUUCAAUACAAGAUCCCUGACCAUGUCCACAUAUCUCAGGAUUGCAGACAUCUCCUCUCUCGCAUAUUUGUUGCAAAUCCAUCCCGAAGGAUCACAAUCAAAGAAAUCAAAAGCCAUCCAUGGUUCUUGAAGAACUUGCCAAGAGAACUGACAGAGGCAGCUCAAGCCAUGUACUUCAGGAAAGAAAAUCCUACCUUUUCCCCUCAAAGCAUUGAAGAAAUUAUGAAGAUCGUGGAAGAGGCCAAAAUUCCUCCCCCAAUAUCCCAGUCUAUUGGAGGCUUUGGCUGGGGAGGAGAAGAAGAUGUCGAUGCAAACGAAGAUGAUGCAGUGGCUGUGGAAGAAAAAGACGAUGAAGACGAAGACGAGUAUGAGAAGAGAGUCAAGGAGGCACAAGCAAGUGGGGAAGUUCAUGUCAGUUAA